ACCUAUUCUUUAUCAAAAACAAUAUAAAAACUUGAUUUAAUUUAUAGAAAUUUCAUAGUUCUUACUUCAACUUUGGUCGAACAUGAAGUUCUCGGUUUUAGCAUUAUUAUUGGCCAUAUUUUUGGUAGCAUUUGCUGCCAAUGUCAAUUCAAAAUCGAUUAGUUUAAAUGCCUUGGAAGUGAUCGAUGGAGCUGAAGCUUCAGCUUCUAGCUCAGAAGCACCUGAAUCAUCAUCUAACGCUCCAGAAUCAUCUUCAGAAGCUCCCGAGUCAAGUAUAGCCCCCGAGUCAUCUUCUGCUUCUCCCGAAUCAUCUUCUGCUGCACCAGAGGAAUCUUCUUCUGCUGCUCCUGAACCAUCUUCUGAAGCUCCCGAAUCUUCUUCAGCAGCGCCUGAGGAAUCUUCUUCUAGUGCUCCCGAAUCAUCUUCUGCUGCACCAGAGGAAUCUUCUAGUGCUCCCGAGUCUUCCUCAGCAGCUCCCGAAUCUUCCUCUGCCGCUCCUGAAUCAUCUUCUGAAGGUCCCGAAUCUUCUUCUGCUGCUCCUGAAUCUUCUUCUGCUGCUCCUGAAUCCUCUUCUGAAGGUCCCGAAUCUUCUUCUGCUGCUCCUGAAUCUUCUUCUGCUGCUCCUGAAUCAUCUUCUGAAGGUCCCGCAUCUUCUUCAGCAGCUCCCGAAUCUUCUUCUGCUGCUCCUGAAUCAUCUUCUGAAGGUCCCGCAUCUUCUUCAGCUGCUCCCGAAUCUUCUUCUGCAGCUCCCGAGUCUUCCUCCGCUGCUCCCGAAUCGUCAACUGAAGCUCCGGAAUCUUCUUCGGCAGCACCUGAGGAAUCUUCUUCUGCUGCUCCUGAGGAAUCUUCAUCCAGUGCUCCCGAGUCAUCCUCCGCAGCACCUGAAUCUUCUUCUGCAGCUCCUGAGGAGUCGUCAUCUAAUGCCCCCGAGUCUUCUUCCGCUGCUCCAGAAUCGUCAUCAGAAGCUCCGGAAUCUUCUUCGGCAGCACCAGAGGAAUCUUCUUCCAGUGCUCCCGAAUCAUCUUCUGAAGCCCCCGAAUCAUCAUCUGCUUCUCCGGAAUCGACAUCUGAAGCUCCCGAAUCUUCUUCCGAAGCUCCAAAUGAAAAACCACAUCCUCCAGAACGCCCUCCACAUGAUAAACCACAUGGUAAACCAGAACGUCCACCACAUGGUAAACCCGAGCGUCCACCACAUGGUAAACCAGUACAUCCACGAGACGUUGCCAAAAUACAGAAUUAUUUUAAACGCUUGUUUAGAUUUCUGGGAGAUUACACCGCUGAAGUCAUUGGAGCAGUCAGUAAUGGUGAUGUAUCAUUAGGGCAAUUCCCUGGUGAAUCCAAUGAACAUCAACAGAUUGGCGACAAUAAACCUGACUCCAAUGAAGAAUCAGAUGAAUAUUAUCCACAUGGUGACAGCAGACCUGACUCCAGUGAAGUAUCCGAUGAUCAUCGUCCACAAGACGAAAGCAGACCAGACUCAAAUGAAGGAUCAGAUGAACAUCAUCAACAAGGCGACAACAGACCCGAAUCCAACGAAGGAUCAGAUGAACAUCAUCAUGAAGGCCAUAAUAAUCCUGACUCUAACAAAGGAUCUGAUGAAGAUCGUCCUCAACACGAUAAACCCGAUUCUAAUGAAGGAUCAGAUGAACAUCGCCCACAUGGUGACAACAGACCUGGUUCUAAUGAAGGAUCAGAUGAACAUCAUCAACAAGGUGACAAUCGACCUGGUUCUAAUGAAGGAUCAGAUGAACAUCGCCCACAUGGUGACAACAGACCUGACUCCAAUGAAGGAUCAGAUGAACAUCAUGAAGAAGGCCACAACAGACCAGAUUCCAACGAAGGAUCACAUGAACAUCAUCAUGAAGGCAACAAUAAACCCGACUCCAACCAAGGAUCAGAUGAACAUCGUCCUCAAGGUGACAACAGACCCGAUUCCAACGAAGGAUCAGAUGAACAUCAUCAACAAGGUGACAAUCGACCUGGUUCUAAUGAAGGAUCAGAUGAACAUCGCCCACAUGGUGACAACAGACCUGACUCCAAUGAAGGAUCAAAUGAACAUCAUCAAGAAGGUCACAACAGGCCAGAUUCCAACGAAGGAUCACAUGAACAUCAUCAUGAAGGCAACAAUAAACCCGACUCCAACCAAGGAUCAGAUGAACAUCGUCCUCAAGGUGACAACAGACCCGAUUCCAACGAAGGAUCAGAUGAACAUCAUCAACAAGGACCCGAUUCUAACGAAGGAUCAGAUGAGCAUCAUCAACAAGGAUCCGAUUCCAACGAAGGAUCAGAUGAACAUCAUCAACAAGGACCCGAUUCUAACGAAGGAUCAGAUGAGCAUCAUCAACAAGGAUCCGAUUCCAACGAAGGAUCAGAUGAACAUCGUCCACAAGGAGACAAGAGACCCAACUCCAACGAGGGAUCAGAUGAACAUCAUCAAGGACCUGAUUCCAACGAAGGAUCAGAUGAACAUCGCCCACAAGGUGAGAACAGACCUGACUCCAACGAAGGAUCAGAUGAACAUCGUCCACAAGGCGAAAACAGACCCGACUCCAACGAUGAUCAUUAACCAAUAAACCCAAUUAUCAACAACAGAGUCAUAUGAUAUAUAUAUAUGAAUAUAUAAUGGUAAAGACAUUGACUAUUGAAUUUUUCCAGAUAUUGGAGGAAAAUUUUAAUUAAAUCAAAGGUGUAAACUUAAUUAUUAUAUACACGCAUUGUAAAUAAAUAAAAUUUAAUCUUGCAGAAUAAAUUGUAUGAAAAAAUAUCGUUAGUAAUUGAAGAAACAAAUUUGGCUCAAAAUAUGCAAUAAAUUUUUAAAAAGAUAA